CAAUUGACUACGCCUUGAAUUGACCACUUUUCAACGUUUUGUACAUACAUAUGUACAUAUUUGUGUAUUCUGCUUUAUUAUUAAAUUCGCUGGACUCCACUGAGGAAUGUGUUAUAAAAACAUGAACCACAUAUACAAAUAUAAACAUUGAAAUAUUAAAUUGACGAAGAAAGAGAGCCAUUGCGGAGGAGUUCAUAACGACCGUAUGCAUUGUUUUUAUCAGCGUUGAGCCUCCAUCUUCCCGCUGCCCCAUUCAGUUGUCGGAUAAACGCGUAAUGUGCAAACUUUUCGUAAACACAUAAACUCAUUUUUCGGGAAAUGAGUCAUGUCGUAUUGAGGCCAUGAAUCGGUACACGUAAAACUAGCAAUGAAAGCGAGUAACAUUGCAUUCCAGCAGUGGCAGUAGCUAAGGGAAGAUUGAUUGUGCUCAAAGUGUAUCGCACUCUUAUAUUUUUACAUAGAUAUUCGUGCAGUGCAAAAACCAUUUAUAAAUUCUUUUGUUACAUUUUCAAUCCAAUCCAAGACAUAACAAAACACUUUAACAAUGUUCGACUUCAAUUUACAAUUUGCCCGUGGAGGUGCCAACGUUACUGUAGAAUUAUUCGAACUGUUGACAGCAGGAGGCGUCAAGCAGAACAUAGUUUUCUCUCCUUUCUCCAUACAAACUUGUGCUGCUUUGGCUUUUGCCGGUGCUAGCGGUGAAACGGCUGAUCAAAUCGCUGAAGGACUGAAAUUCGCUUCGAAUUUUCAUCCCGAAGUUGCUGAAACCUUCCAACACGUUUUUGAAAAAUAUAAGGAUAGUGAGUUGCUCAAAAUUGCGAACAAAGUGUACGUUCAGGAAGGGCAACAGUUCAAACCCGAUUACGAAGUGGCACUGAAAGAGAGUUAUAACGCAGAGGCAGAAAACUUGAAUUUCGCGGAAAGUGAAAGCGCCGCUGCUGCCAUAAAUUCUUGGGUGGAGGACAAAACUGCUGGCCAAAUUAAAGACCUUGUGUCCGCCUCGGCCAUUAAUGAAUUAACACGUCUUGUGUUGUUGAAUGCUCUACACUUCAAGGGUUCAUGGGCGCAUAAAUUCGAUGAAGAACAAACUGCUGAAGACGACUUUUGGGUAUCCGAAGAAGAAUCAAUUAAACUGCCAUACAUGAAUCAGAAGGCGAAAUUCGGCUAUGGCUUCUUUGAGGAAUUGAACUGUCAGGCGCUCGAAAUGCCGUACAACAAUUCGGAUCUCUCCAUGCUAGUGCUGCUGCCUAAUGAACGCGAAGGCUUGAAAUCUCUUGCCGAGAAGCUGAAGUCAGUAAAUUUGGUCGAUUUAGCAGGGAAUCUUGAUUACAGCGAGGACGUUGUAGUUCAGUUCCCCAAAUUUAAGGUGGAAUUCGAAGUGGAACUGACCGAAACUUUGAAAAAGCUUGGAAUAAGCAAAAUUUUCAGUGAAGAGGCUGAGUUUAACAACAUGCUGCAGUCGCCCGAGGGUCUUCAAGUAUCCAAUGUAUUCCACAAAGCUGUUAUAGAAGUGAACGAAGAGGGCACUGAGGCAGCUGCUGCAACAGCGAUGAUAAUGAUGACGCGUUGCAUGCUCAUGCCACUGCAAUUCACAGCAGACCGUCCAUUUUUCUAUGCAAUUUGGAAUAAGAGGAACAUUCUUUUUGCUGGUGCCUUUGUUAACGCACCAACAGCUUAAUUUGUUUACAUUAGAAGCACAGAAAGUAUUUUUAUACCCACUAUUUAUACAUACAUAUAUAUGUACUUAU